CCCCGCCGCGGGAGGAGGAUGAGGCGGCGGCGGCGGCUCCGGCUGAGGCGGGUGCCCCAUGGCGGAGGAUGUUGACUUGAAAGCAUGUCGGGGAGCUUUAGAUGACUGCUGUCCACCUCCAGGAGAGGAUCAGCUGGAACUGCAAGAAGAAGAGGAGAAAGACAAAAAUCAAAGCAACAGCAACCAUGUAGAUUCCCUUCUCUCCUUGGAGGGCUAUUUUCAGCUUCUGUCAUCGCAGGUGGAAAACAUGCUAGAGGUGAACUUACUGGAAGAUACACAAAUUGCUACUUCUAGUAGAGGCCAAGACCCAUCAUCCUCACAGCACAAUAUAAACUUGACCCAGACACUUCAGAACAGUUUCAGUCCUCCUGAUGCCAUGCUACUAAGAACAGACUACCCCACUCCAUUAAAUUCAAAACCAAGACACUUACAAAGGCAAGAGUUUUUCCCUCAAUCAAGCUCUGAGAUCACAAAUCCAGAAUCACAGUUUCAUGGGUCAAAUUUGACAGGGCUGUUUUCGGCUGCUGACCUUAGAAAUAUAACAGCCCAUGAUGAUAAUUUUGAUGAAAUUAAGCUCAUGUCUUUGGCUUUAGAGGAAGGCUUUAGUCCUAUAGAAGUUUCUCAGAUCUUUGAAGAGCCUGGCUCAGAUUCGGGACUACCUCUGAAUUCAAAUCACAGCACCACCAACUAUUCGGUCUGCUGCGAUGAUUCUGUUGGGUACAGCAGCGGUGUUAAAUCUGCUCCUUCGCACAGCUUGGGAGCUGUUGCUGGCCACUGCCAAGAAAACAUUAAGCACGGCCAUGUGGAAUAUCCAGGUGUUGCACAGUGUCCUACAGAAGCCAUGCUUCAGCAGUUUCUUCAUAAUCACACUUACAAUCAGCUGCCAAGUCACGCAGCAUCCACUCCAGAGCAUCAUCAACAGAUGUGGAUGAAGAAAUCAAACGAAGUAAAGGAGAGGUACCAUAAUUCUACUGCUGCAAACCGGAGCAGAGAUGAAUGGCGUGCAAAAGCUCUGAGAAUACCAUUUUCAGUGGAGGAAAUUGUGAGCAUGUCCGUUGACUCUUUCAACACCAUGCUAGCAAAGAACCAGCUGACAGAAACUCAGGUAUCACUUCUACGUGACAUCAGACGAAGAGGAAAAAACAAGGUAGCUGCCCAGAAAUGUCGUAAACGCAAACUGAAUGCAAUUCUUAACUUGGAAGAAGAUGUGUGUAAUCUCCAAACACAGAAGGAGAGCCUUAAAAAGGAGCACUCUCAGUGUAGCAAAUUAAUCAACCAGAUAAAGCAAAAAUUAAACAACUUGUACCAUGACAUUUUCAGCAGACUGAGGGAUGACCAGGGUAGACCUGUUAACCCAUGCCAGUAUGUCAUUCACUGCAGUAGCAAUGGUAGUGUUUUCAUAAUACCCAAGCACUUGGCCAAAUCUGAACAGAAACAAGAUAACAGAAAAGAGCAGAAACAAAAGUAAGAUGACUGGAGCUCACCUAAAUCACCUUUAUUGUGCCUCAAAGGAUGAUAAGAGUACUUGUGUGACAACUAAAGGUCAGUUACUACAGCAGUUCAAACAAAAACUACACUUGAGAAGAAUCACUCUACGUUCAAGAGUCUGGCAAACCCAACCAGCUGUGAUAUCUGUUAGAAGGUCCAUGAGCUGAGGCUUCUGGAUGAGGAAAUCUGUUUAGUUCUAGAUAGAAUUAAAGGAGCUAGACCAUCAGUGUAGUGUAGCUUUAUAGACCUAUGUUAAAACUAGGAAUUUAGUUACUGGUAAUGGGGGGCAGAGGGGAGAACAUCAGUGAGGGAUAAAAGUCAACUUUGGAUCAGUGUUACACAUGCAAGAAAAUGUUUUAGUCUUGAAUACUUGACUCUUUAUACAGAAAAUGACCUUGUUUUAUUCUCUAGCACUGAAAGAAAAAUUAUAGUUCUAGUACAUUUUCAACUUAAACUCACUGUGGAUUUACAUAGGCUCAAGAGAUAACUGCGUGCUUUGCAUUUACUCAGAACAGCUCUGCUUUUUCUAGUUUUCCUUUGAGGAGAGCAGCCCAGGAGGCUGCUGCAUUUUUCCUCAGCAUUUUCAGCAUCAUAACUCUUAAGUAAAGAUAACCUGCCACUUAAUUUUACAACUCAUACACUCAAUCUACAAAUAUGCUGAAAAAUAGUGUCUGAUUCAGUGUUUUCUUACCUUCAUCCUCUGCAACUAAGCAAUUCUCAGCUUUCUUCCACAAAAAUGACCAAUGGUGAAGGAGUAUCUGUUCUGUUUCCUAGUGACUGUGGUAUUUAUUUGUGUACCUACUCUUUUCCUCCUAUUUUGACGCCUUCCUCAAGAAGUACUUGAAUUUUUCUCUGUGGCAUUUUAACUAGUAUUUUUUAAGUGUCUUUAAUGUUCCAGAUUUAACUUUUUAAAAUACACAUUUUACUUAGUCUUUAAAUUAAGUUGAACCAAAUUACUGUUUAUCUAUACUUGUAAUAAUGAGGUUACACUCUGGUAGUGCUCCAAAUGAAGAGUUUUUUGGUUUUGACAUUUAUUUGUGCUAUUAGAAAGAAGUUUUAUUCACUUACCUACUUACAACAUCCUGUCCCUUUACUGUUUUACAGCCUGAAAAAGGUCUGCAAGAGAUGGCCUAAAAGGCCUGUAAUGAACGAUAACAAAGGAAUGUUGAGGUAUAUUAGGAAAGUAACUACAAAUACUAAUUUCUAGAUAACAAAUACUUCUUGUUAAUUUUAUAACUAAAACACAUAAAACUGGUAUUUAAAAAGUUCUCAUUGGUCAUGGCAUGAUGACAACGGAACAAACUUACAUUCAGGUGUGUUAAAAAAAUCACUUGUACCAACCAACUACAUAUACAAGCUUAAAUGCCUAAUUAUACCUGCUGAAGAAACAAACUGCCACUAGCAUGGAAGUCUCAUUGGCUGCUUGCACUUAUCUGUAACAAAACUGAUACUAUCAAGUGACAUUGUCUAAAAAGGGAGCCGUAAGAUAGUGCCAAGUGCACUAAAUUAUCAGUCAUGAAAUCAGACUGUUUGAACAAUUUUCUCAACAUUUUCUAUUAAAAUAUUUCUUUUAAUAUUUGUAUGCAUGUAUUCUUUAUUGGUUUUACCAGUCUCAAAUUGGUAAGUGUAAAUUCAUAGCAGAAAGUCUCAUUACUGAGGCUAUGCCAUUACUUGCUGUUGGUUAAGCAUCAGUGUGAGACACACCUAUCCUAAUCGGUAUUCACAUGGGAUUUGUCUACAGGCUAGAUCACAAACUCCAACCAAAACAUGCCAUAGGUAUCAGAUACAUAUGAUGAAUUGUGAACUUUAUUUCUAGUUGUAGGGGAAUAAAGAAGUAUGUAUUUAAGUCAGCAUUAUCAUAAUCAAUUAAAGGACAUGAACAUUUUAAAAUGCACACACUUACCUUUUGCAGGACAAGGUCUUUAAACCUACUUCACUGCCCAUGUGCAUAAAUUCUGAUAGCUACUACAUUAGGCUCACAACUGAGAAAUCCAGAAAGCCAAGUAUUUCUGCUUUAGGGCCUCACAUGGGGAGAAAAAAAAAAAAAAAAGCCUAAAUUUUCUAGUGCCCACUCCUUCAGUAGCAGGUGAGCUCUGGAUUUUUCUAAGGCCAGCUGCUAAUGGAGUAUUGCAGAUACCCAAUUGGGAAACAGCUACACAGGCAAAUUUUGGUACAUGCCUAAAAUAAAGCAUACUGUAACCCUUUCAGAACACAAUACUAAUGGAAAGCAGUUUAUUCCAACUGAUCCAUUAAAGACAUCAGCCCCAAUACCAUUCCAUUCCCUGUAAAUUUGCAGAUUGUAAAGGAUCGUGAGCUGCCCUUAGCUAACUCAACUGUCAUUAUUGCCCAGUAACUAUUUCUUUAACACUGAUAUAAGAGCCCCAGUUCCUCGGUACCCAACACGCAACUCCUACAAAAGACUGAGCUGAAAUACUGAUUUUGGGUGGACUGCAACAGUACUGACGAUACAAUGAACUUUAUGUCUGGAUGUGUGUUUUUUAAAACCAUCAGCUCCCUGCCCACAGGACAAAACCAUAGGUAGAGUUCAGACCAAUGUCCCGUUUUCAGUUGGAGUAGACUCAUUUGAAGUGUAUUCCCUUUCUGCAACUAGCCUGUGUUUAAAGAAAAAAUCCCAAACAGACACAUACACAAAACCCACACCAAACAAAAAUUCCCAAACUUGGCCUGAUCUUGGCUAUGCUUUAUAGUUCCAUGUCCUUAUAUGAUGUGUGGUUAGGCUAGACAGCUGAAGCUUUUAAUGCACUUUAUGUACUGGCCUUAGACUGUAUCUGCAACCUCUGUACCAAAAUAGACACACUACAGAAUUGACCUUUUCUGGUAAACAGGACUGAUCAAAGUUGUUACUGAAAAGGGCUGUUAAAUGUGGGUAAUACCUGACUGAAGCAUGUCUUGUCUUUAUUAUUGAUCAAGAUUUUCACAGAAUCAAAAUCCCAAGUGUGUAAACCAGGAGUUUUAUUGCGUGGAAAGACACAAUAUGGUAUCAGACCUACUCUGGAGCCAGAUGGCACAAAGACAUUACAGCCACAUCCUACCGUACUACUACUCUGUUGAAACACAAGUCUGUGAAGUUAGACUGAAAACACUUUUUCAAUAUAACUAGGAAACCACUAAGCUAAUGAUUGUAAACAUAGCUGUUAACAACAGCAACAAAAACCAGAAACCCAAGUGGGAGCGAUCAUUAAAAUACUGGUCCCAUGGCAAAGCUUUUAAGUAGUCUGUAACAUUCAGUGGUAAACUACAUUUUUGUUAUGUUAGAAAGAGCUUAUCUGCAAGAGGUUAGGAAAGGUCAGAAAAAGUAAAAGAAAACACUGGGCGGACUGUAUUCCCAUUAUUGAUGGCAGCAACAUGUUCUCUGAAGCAUUACCUGCUGGCUGCUCCAAGAUUCACCUGUUCUGGAGAAAUAUCCACCAGCAGCAAAGGCAAGCCGAAUACUCCAUCCAACGGCAACCGCCACUGCAUGAUUUUUGACCUGCAAGGCUGGACAUGCCCGUAGAGAGAUCCUGCUGCGAACAUGCGAUCCCAGAACAGACACAGCAUUCCGCUGAACACUACACGCACCUUAAAUGACCACUACAGUACUGCACUGAAGUGCAGCUUUAAAUGCAUGGCUUAAGUUUUAUUCUAUAGAUUUGGCUUUUUACAGUGCCAAAUUUUACAAGCUAAAGAUGUUCCUGCUCAAGAGCUUACAAUCUAGUUUUAGAUGGGGGAACCAGAACAAACUUCAGUGAGAAAAAGAACCGACAAAGCACUUCAUGAGUACCAACUUGUUAAUCUUUGUCCCAAAACACACACACACAUUAGUUCAUCCUCUAGAGUCACAAGUACAGUUCUAACAAGAAUCUUGAGGACAGAGGUGAGCAGAGACCUAUAAAUAAGGCAACAGGACACUCAACACCAGGGUGUAGUGAGAAACUGUUUAUUAAGUAAACCAAAUAGAGAUGGCAGAUUAACCACGUGAAGUCUUAUUGCUGUAGUGUGUACCUCAUGAAGUACUGCAACUUGACACCUGCUACACAGCUACUAGAACUCCAUGAAGUCCAUCAGCCACCCAUUUUCAUACAAGAAUGCCCCAAAAUGAACCUAACAAGGGGGGAGGGAAGAGUGCUGGUAACAGCCAUUUUCUAGGACUUUUCCCCAGUCACCCUUUUUCGUACAAUGAAGCAGCAUGGAAGGUCUCACAAGCUAGUUUGCAACUACAAGAUGCCCAAACACUGCUGCCCCAAUGUUCAUAGCACUCUGUCAGGUAACUCACACAGGUAUUAUUUAUACAAUGGUAAUUUUACUGCUGAUGAACAAACCAGUUCUUGCUCCACUAACUGGAUUAAGUCCUGACAAAAUUUCUGUACAACACAAGCCAACAAUAGCUGCAAAGCAAAAACAUGGCUGUUAAAAGGGACAGUACUUCUGGCAAAAUGGAUUACCCAGGCAAACCCCUCCAUGUAACACUGCUAUGCAUUCCUAGACACACUGAAUGGCAUGGCUGAAGAGAAACAGCCACCUCCCUUACAUCAAAAAGCAACAGCACUACUAUAGUAGUGCUCACUUGCAUCACACACUACUUCAAAAACCAAAUGGAACACUAAACCCACAGGGAAUGCACAGCUCCAGUAUGUUCCCAACAAAUUAUCCUCUACCAAUGAGGCAAAGUUGCCAAAAACAAACUCAGCUGACAACUGUUUGAAAAUCCAGAUCCAUUUCUGGGGCUUGGGUUUUAUUCCCUAGAAUCGAUAUGACUUCAUCACCAAGAGAUCAUGUACAUUCAUCAUCCAUCUAAAAGAACAUAGUCUUUCCUACACAUAACAAAGUUCAAGUCCUGUUCAUUUUACAGUAUUAACAGCAAUUGUUUGCAUUUUCUUGAAUGUUUUUUAGCACCCACAGCACAAUAGAAGAAAAAAAUUCAACUUUCAUUGUCUAUAACACAAAAUCUGAGUGGCCAGAACCCUACGAACUGACCUCUUUUCACCAUCACUUUAUAAAACAAGUCAUACUCGAUUUUUGGGUGUUCUUUGGCUCACACACUAGUUUACAACAAGUUAUGUUGUUUUUAUUUCUUCCCUCAGUUGGCUACACAGAGUGUUUGCUGGGGGAAAGCUGGACAACCUGACAGCCUGAUCCACAGAGCUGUUAGUACCUGGAAACACUGCAAUGUUACACUUACUUGGAAGACAAAAAUAUGUAGUGACAAAAUCCCACUUGAUAGAAAGUAAGAAUGUGUCUACAAAUUGAUGACCAGUAACAGACCACACAAUACUGCUUUUAUUUGAAGUUGCUAACUUCCAGUAUCAGGUUGACUCAAAAUUGUGACUUCUCUCACCACAUUUGCUGGUGACCACUGUUGACUGUCAUGUGCCUUAACUUUUAAGACCAUACCAAGAGAAAAACCAUGGAAGUUCAACAGCAGGACAUCAGGAAACUUAAAGACACCAGGUCUUUAAGGUUUUCGAGACUUGAAAUAUGCAGUAAUUUCAUUCUUGCACAGUGCUGUCCCCUCUAUAUGCUCCCUUCCCCCACUGCCACGAGAUCAAAAUGAGAACAUCCUCCUUAUGGAAAACAUACUCAAUGCAAGUAGAUGUUAAACCUUGUUGCUACACUACUGAAAUAGUAUUUGAAACAGAAAAACAAUUAUUGCCCUUUGAAGUGGUUUGGUUAGUUUUCUUAAAAUGAUGUGUGAAUGUGGACUUGGCAACUGUAAAGAAAAAACUUUCAUCAACUACAUCUAAGUUAUAGGAAAGAAGGCAAAUUCCUUAUGAUCUCGUCAUUCACUCUGUUGGAAAGAAGAAAGUAAAGCAGAUUUGUGCGUCUUCAUUUUCUGCUUCCAUUGCAGCCCACCGGUUACCUAUUCAAGCAUUUCAAAGUUCAACUUAAGAAACAGAAAAAAACUGUAUGUGAAUCCUUAAACAGUAUUAUAAAGGUUAAAGACACGAUGAUUCUGCCAAAGCAUAUAGAUUUCAAGUUUUGAAUAAAUCUUGCAUGAAGAUAAGUGGUUAAAACAGUAUAACCUCAAAAUAUCUUCCCUUAAAUAGACUCCCAACUGAAGCUCUCCCAAGCUCACACUUUGUGUGUUUUAACGGUUUUGUUUGGUUUGGUGUUUUUUGUUUUGGUAUUUUCCUUCCGCCUCCAGAUGCAGCUAUGGAUAAUAGUUUUGUACAGCAGGAACUCUACAUUCCAGUCAGUCUGUCUUCACACUAAAAAGCUCUUUAGAAGUGAAAAGGAUAAAGCUCUUGUCCUAUUGCAAUCUGACAAACUGACUUCCGUAGUUUCGUUAACAGGAAAGUAUGAGGUAAUAUAAAACACAGCCAAAAAAAGCUACUUUUAAGCACUUGUGUCCAACAGCAAAGAUAGCAGCACUUUUAAAUUUGCAGCACUGUUUCUCCCAAAAGAGAACAGAUGCCCAAGGUCAGAGAAAC